AUAUUUGCUUACUCUGUAUGCUCAAAUGUGACCCGUUAUAGCCAACAGAAAAAAAGCGGAGGCCCGAAAAACAGGUGGGGGUCCUCCACCACCACCACUCACAGAGGCUGAGCAGUUGGCCCUCAGCCAAAACAGUGGGCGCCCUGUGGCCGAAGGCAUCUCUGCGGGGACAUCCUCUGAGUCAAUAACCCCGCAAGACACAAGUGCCUACAUAGGGGCUGAUCAGCAGGAGGAGAAUCUGACGGAGGAACAGUUUCAGCCAUUUGGACUCAGCUCAGCCACUACAGAGGAAACAAUGAGCUCAACACAGACGGACCGACAUGAAGCGAGACGUCAGCGCUCUCAGGAGGCCGACAAACCUCACAGAAGAAAGAGAGAGAGAAAAUACAGCUGUGAUGAGUGUGGGAAGUGUUUUACUCAGAACUCCAGCCUGAAAUGUCAUCGGCUCAUCCACACUGGGGAGAGACCAUUCACCUGUGACUUGUGUGGAAAGUCUUUUACCGACGCCGGAAGCUUGAAAACACACCAACUCAUCCACAGUGGACUUAAACCAUACAGCUGUGAUCAGUGUGGCAAAGCUUUUGCUCGCAGUAGCUACUUAAAGAGUCAUCAAGUUACCCACUCUGGAAUUAAGGCGUACAGCUGCGACAUUUGUGGAAAAACUUUCAGACAUCAAGGGUAUCGAAAUAUUCACCUACGCAUCCACACCAGACAUGAAGUUUACUGCUGUGAUCAGUGUGGGAAACUAUUUGUAACAGACACACAGUUACAACAUCACAUGUUUACUCACAAUGAGGAGAGACCUUAUAAAUGUGACAAGUGUGAGAAGACAUUUAAAGCUCCACAUUACCUGAGAGUCCACCAACAGAUCCACACCAAUAAGAAACUGUACAAGUGCAGUUACUGUGAGAAGCAGAGCGACACAGAUGGAUCCACUUCUCAACCCUGUCGUCACUGUGGUGGUCGGAAAGAGUUUCGCUGUGACCUUUGUGGAAAAACUUUCAGUAAUCAAAAGAGCCUAAAGUUACAUCAACGCAGACACACUGGAGACAAAAUGAGCUACUGCAAAGAAUGUGGGAAAGGCUUCCCCAUACCAAGUAAAUUAAAAGAACAUGAACUCUGUCACAGUGGGGUUAAAAAGCAUGUCUGUGACCAGUGUGAGUCAUCCUUCACCAUUGCACGUGAUCUUAAAAUACAUAAACGAGUCCACACAGGAGAGAAACCAUACAAGUGCAGACACUGUGACAAAAGCUUCUCACGGUCAGGUCAUCGUAAUAUUCAUGAAAAUACACACAUUGAAGGGAACUUCAGCUGUGACCUGUGUGACAAAAGCUUCAAGAAUCUCAGUUCAUACUCCGAACAUAAACGAUCCCACGCUGUAAAUAAACUGUUUCACUGUUACCAAUGUGCAAAAACAUUCACUUCAUUAUCUGCUCUGUGCAAACAUCAGCGUGAUCAUGCAGGACAGUGAUCACUGGAUCAAAAGUAUUUGGCCUUUUCUCCAAGCAGCCUGAAUAAAUCACUUUAAUGUUUUUUUUUUCUCCCUCUCAAACUCAUCUUACAUCACAGCCACUGUGAUCUUUAGUGGACCGGUUCAGUGAAACUUCCCUUUCUGUCAGUGUAAAGAAAUUACAUAUUUAACUGCUUUUAUACACAACAAAGGGGGAAAAAAACUGUCAGCAUGAUUGUUUGGACUUAAAUUGUGAGAAAUAAAUGUAAAAUUGCAGAAAAGUGUUGACUGUACAGUUUUUGUUUUUAAAGAACAAGUGUCUAGUUGAAAGUGAAAAUAAACUUUUCUGUCCUUUAAUUGUUUAUUGCUUAAUUAUUGUUUUAAAGAUGCUUGUUUUAUUUACCCUUUGUCUCACUCUCCCUCACAUGACCAGAUUUACCUUGUUUCUUCUUUUGCUUUCUCGCUCCUGAUUGGCCCUUAAUUGCACUCACCUGGCUGUAUCCCAAUUCAGGGUCUGCAGCCUUAAAGUACGCAGCCUUAACGGUCCACACGGGCCGCGUACUCAAAGACCGCUACGGCCGGAAGUGCGAGGUGUUACGGCUGGUGCAUUAACUUAGUGCUUAGGCACCCUUAGGCUGAAGCGGAAGGGGUGAGCCGCCUUUUCUUUGGAACAGUUUUCUCCUGUUUUCCGGGUUAGGGAGCGAGGGUUAGUAUUGUCAUUUGUUUGUUCUGUUUCUUUCUUAGGGUUUAGUUAGUUUUCUGGUGGGACUUAGUUGGUUUUGUUUAUUAUUUUGGCCUGGGUUCACCCUGGAGCUAUGCUUCAUUACCUUCAAUAAAAUCA